CCGCCCUCCUCUCCCUCUCCCCCUUCGCCCGCCUUUCUCGCCCCGUCUCCCUAUUGUUCCCCCUUUCUGCAGCUCUAGAGCGCAGCGCAGGCAGACUUGAUGUCGUCUGGAUCCAACGGAGAGCCCAGCCGCCGGAGCAAGAGCACCGAGAGCAGCGAUCUCUCCAGCUCCCACGAACAGGAACACACCCCGAGCUGGGAACCACGCACGCUCUGCGUCGCGCUCGAGUCUGCGUCGAGGCGAGCAUCGCUGCAGGAGCGCCAGAUCAAAGACCUGGAGAGCAAGCUCGCCCUUGAUCUCAGCAACUCCCGCGCCAUCGAGAACCUGCUCCAGGAGGUAUUCACCAGCAUCAACCAAACAAACGAGCGCGCCCGCUUCGCUUCGCAUAACACCGUGCCCCAUAUAGAGCAGACCCUCGACGAGGAUUUCGCCGUUUUGGAGGAACUGGAGGAGCAGCUUCCCGAGGUCGGCUCUCAGAUACGUGAUAUCCGCAAGGUCUACGAUCGUGGCAGAGUCAAGGCGUGCGAGCUCAUGUCGUCCCUCGAAUGGCUGAACACCCCGCUCUCUCAGAAGUUACGGACCAUCAUAUUCACGCCCAACGCUCCCAUCAGUAACAGGUGGAAGGUCGCCGUCCGUUCCAUCUUCGCCCUCGUCUUCUGCGCAUGCCUGUGGAUCGCUUGGAUCACCCUCCGCGGAGCCAUCCGCGCGCACCAAAAACGGCUCGUCUGGGGCGAACGCCUCAUGAGUUGACCGACUCGUCCGCCGUCCGCCGUCUCUCCGCCGCCUCCUCGUCGCAGCUCCCUUCGCUCUGCUCGCAACACCCUAUCGUCCGCUGUGCACGAUCGCCGCUCGUUACCUCUCAUUCUUCUCCCCCAUGCACGUACAUAUCAGCAUCCCUGCAUCCCUCCCCAUUUACCAUUUCCCUUCCCCCCACCUUUCCACCCCCUCCCCCCCAUCGCACGCCUCGCCUCCCUGCAUCCUGCAUCCCAUUCUGCCCACGCACCGUGCUCCUCCAUCAUGGCUCUCGUACUGUACAACGGCUCCCUAUAGUGCCCCCGCAUUCCCUUUGUCUACGGCCCCGCCAUCCCCAUCCCAUUUCCCUUCCUCUUUCGCUGUCUCUUCCUGAUGGUUCCUGACUAGCCUUUCUCGUCUCGUCCCGGUCACGCAUUCCCCCUCGGCUCGAUACCAUCGUGUAACAUUAUUGUUGUAUAUGAACAUAGACUCCCUGCUUUCC